UCACAGAGACCAUUCCCUUGAAAGAGCAGGAUGUAGUCCCUUGUAGCAAAGUAUAAGAUAUUAAAUGGAGCUACACUAGAUUUUAUUCCACAGGAUGCAUAAAAUUUGCUUAAAACAACAGCCGCACUGAUUCCUGUGGGGGCUGAGUUUCGAUCUAAGCUGGAGGCUGCCCUGCUGUAAGCUGAGUUGAGCUGUCAUGUCUGUUUACAGCCAGUGCCAUUAACCAUGGUGCUUAAUGCAAUAAGCGAAACCCUAGGACUUGUGAACGAAUGCUCAGAGCAUAUGGCUAAACAAAAGAUCGCAGUUGUUGGUGCUGGCUUGAUUGGCCUCUCAACAGCAGUGUACAUUUCAGAAUCUAUUUCCAAGUGCUCUGUGACUGUAAUUUCGGACAAAUUUACUCCCAACACAACGAGCGAUGUAGCAGCCGGAAUGCUUAUUCCACACACUUAUCAAGGCAUACCAAUUCAUCACCAAAAGCAGUGGUUUAGGGAGACCUUCGACUAUCUUUUUGAAAUCAAUAAUUCAUCGGAGGCUUCAGAUGCUGGCAUUAAUCUGGUGUCUGGCUGGCAGAUCUUUAAAACCAUUCCUGAUGAAGUGUUACCAUUCUGGUCUGAUGUUGUCCUGGGAUUUCGCUCAAUGACUGAAGAGGAGCUGAAGAAAUUUCCACAACACAGAUUUGGUCAGGCUUUUACUACACUGAAAUGUGACUGCCCAUCCUAUCUGCUAUGGUUGGAGAAAAGGUUGAAAGAGAAUGGCAGCCAGGUGUAUGCUAGACGAAUUGAAGAUCUGUGGGAACUACAUAGCAAAUAUGACAUAGCUGUCAACUGUUCAGGCAUUGGAUCCAGAGAACUCAUGGGUGACUUGGAGAUAUACCCUGUCAGAGGCCAAGUACUCAAGGUCGAUGCUCCUUGGGUGAAUCACUUCAUCCGGGAUGGGGAUGGUUUAACCUAUAUCUAUCCAGGAAUACACAAUGUAACAUUAGGUGGGACAAGGCAAAAGGACAACUGGAGCUUGGCCCCAGAUCCUAGAAGUAGCAAAGAUAUAUUUGACAGAUGUUGUGCUCUUGAACCCUCACUUCAAAGAGCCCAGGACAUAAAGGUGAGGGUGGGUCUGAGGCCAUCCAGGUUAGCUGUGAGACUGCAGAAAGAGAUACUGGUCCAUGAUGGGAAAAAACUGCCCGUGGUCCACAACUAUGGACAUGGUUCAGGUGGCUUUUCAGUGCACAGGGGCACUGCUAAAGAGGCUGCUCGACUGGUGGGAGAAUGCAUUGCUGCUCUGGAAGGCUCCUCUUUGAAGGCAAAGUUAUAAUCACUGGGGCCCCCUUUUCAGUUAUUGGUUGGCUAUUAUAAAUCUACUAGUAGUCCCUUUGGAAUGUUAUUCUAUACGCAAUGGAAGAAGCUGCGUGCCACAUUCUGAACUGUAGCCAAGUGCUUGUUUUGUGAAAAGUGUUUGCCCACAGGUGACAGGGUGUUUUUGUUUUAUUUUUCUGUGAGAGUUCAUUCAAGAGUA